AAAGAAAUGACUCUGUGUGCAUUGUCAAAUGUAGAUUUGUCAUAUUCUACCAGUGAAAGUUGUUUGCAUAAGGAAUUUUCAAACUUCGGGCAUGUAGCUGAAGUUAGGCUUGUCAAGGAUGAAGCCACGAAAAGGUCAAAAGGUUAUGCUUUUAUUCAAUAUACUUCUCAAGAUAAUGCCUUGCAAGCUAUAGAAAACAUGGAUCAAAAGCAUUUUGAUGGCCGAGUAAUACAUGUAGAACUUGCAAAGCUUGGGAAGAAUGUAUAUGGUGGAUACCCAAAAACCUCAGGACCACCUAAAGAGCAGAAUUUGCCGAGACAAGAUGAGGCAAAUGAGUGAUUAGAAGUGCCAUUAGAUUUUCUGUUGGUCCUGAUUCUGGAAAAGUAUCAUCACUCCCCAGAUAAACAUAUUUCAGAGUAGAUGGAAGUGACUUCAAAUCAGGU